AUGGGGGAGAGAAUCAAGGAUUACUUGGAUUGUUUUAAUAAAGCUUUGUUGGAGGUAAACAUACGAACUCUCGAAGUCGUGUGUCUAUGCCUCAUUGUUGGUCUGUUAGAAGGAGAUUUCAGGAGACACUUAACCUCCAAGGAUAUAAAAUCCAUGAAAGAGAUCCAUCAAAUCACCCUGGAGUAUAUGCAAGAUGAGGAUGUCUCGAGGGUAGUCUCUAUAAAAAGGAAAAACCUAGCCCCAUCAUCUAAUAAGGCUGGGAGCUCGGGUCAAUCCUCAACCUCGAAGACAUCUACACCCCGGGUUGGCAAGUUCUCUACAUACACACCCCUGGUGGCGUCGUUAACAAAGGUGUACCAGCAAGUGUCUCACAAGAGUAUCCUUUCAAGAGCAAGGCAAAUUCGGCCAAGGGCUUCUUUGAAUAAGUCACAAUACUGUGACUAUCAUGAGUCCUAUGGUUACAGGACGGAGGAUUGUAUUGAUUUAAAGGAUACAUUGGAGCAAGCAAUUCAAGAUGGGAAGCUCCCUGAGUUUGUUCAGCAUGUCAAGUUGUCUAGACGACAAAAUGACAAUGAAGAUCGGGACUAG